GUUCAAGAAUCAUCACAUCACACACUCCAUAUUUUCCACUGUGAUUGUGAAAAAUGGCAUCUGCAGUCAGUAGUCUCUUUUUGGUCUUCUUUGGAUCUCUACUAUUCUCGUUUGUUGUUCUCACAGAACAAUCUUCCAUUCGGCAGAAUGUCCCUCUACAAUCUUUUCAUGAUUGUGUUUAUACCGUAUACACAAAAACUGGGAUAAAGUUUGGUGGAGGAACAGAUUCAAACAUAUCACUGGUACUCUACGAUGCACAUGGUGAUAAUUUUGUAAUCCCAAAUCUGGUGAAAUGGGGCGGAAUAAUGGGACCAAAACAUGACUAUUUCGAAAGGGGUAACCUUGAUGUAUUUAAUAAUUUGGGUGGAUGUUUGAAAGGGCCUGUUUGUAAAAUGAAGCUUACUUCAGAUGGAACCGGUUCAGGCAGUGAUUGGUAUGUUAACUAUGUUCAAGUUACAGCUACCGGUCCCCAUAUUCCUUGUGCUCAGAAAUUAUUUACUAUCGGACGAUGGCUUGCACUUGAUGAAUAUCCUAAUACACUCACUGUUACCAAGGAUUUGUGCUCAAAUGUAACGUCUUUGGCGUCUAUGUAACCUCUGAUCAAUGUACGUACAGAAUCUGAGAAAUAAGAUUGGUCUCAAAUGAUGAGACUCCAGAAUCAAGUAAUAAGGUUGGUCUCUAAUGAUGAGACUCGAUGUAAUCUGAUAAUUAAGAGACAACUUUUUAAGUAUUUAAUGCUUCAAGAAAAAAAAAAUAUAUAUAUAUAAGUAUUUGAGCU